AACUUUUAGUUACCAUGCAUACCAAAAAAUAAAAGUUCCAAAUCCUUUGAUCUUUUGCUAGUUCUUAAGCUCGUUACUGAAAUGAUGCCACUCUCAGUACUUCAGGUAAAACGAUUGCAAUUGGAACUUAUAACUCCGGCAAAGCCAACUCCUCAAGAAACAAAGUUUCUCUCAGAUAUUGACGACCAAGAAGGCUUGAGAUUUCAGGUUCCAGUCAUAAUGUGUUACAAAGAUAACCCUUCACUUAAUAAAAAUUGUAAUCCCGUUAAGGUGAUUAGGGAAGCCUUAAGUAGAGCAUUAGUGUAUUACUACCCUUUAGCUGGAAGGCUUAAGGAAGGGCCUAACAGAAAGCUCAUGGUCGAUUGCAACGGUGAAGGUAUCUUGUUUGUUGAGGCUUCUGCUGAUGUCACACUUGAGCAACUAGGAGACAAAAUUCUACCCCCUUGUCCACUUUUAGAGGAGUUCUUAUUUAAUUUUCCAGGCUCUGAUGGAAUUAUUGGUUGUCCUUUGCUGCUGGUUCAGGUGACCUGUCUUACAUGCGGAGGUUUCAUACUUGCAUUGCGCGCAAACCACACAAUGUGUGAUGCACCUGGAUUGCUCCUGUUCCUGACCGCCAUUGCGGAGAUGGCAAGAGGCGCACAUGCACCAUCUAUUCUACCAGUGUGGGAGAGAGAGCUCUUGUUCGCUCGAGAUCCACCAAGAAUUACAUGUGUUCAUCAUGAAUAUGAAGACGUGAUUGAUCAUUCUAAUGGCUCAUACGCAUCCAGUAACCAGUCAAACAUGGUUCAACGAUCUUUCUACUUUGGUGCCAAGGAGAUGAGAGUCCUUCAAAAACAUAUUCCACCCCACGUAAUUUCCACUUGCUCCACAUUUGACUUGAUCACAGCUUGUUUGUGGAAAUGUCGCACUCUUGCACUUAAAAUUAAUCCAAAACAGGCUGUUCGAGUUUCAUGCAUUGUCAAUGCACGGGGAAAGCACCACAAUGUACGUCUUCCCUUGGGAUACUAUGGCAAUGCAUUUGCAUUUCCAACUGCAGUUUCAAAGGCUGAACCUCUAUGCAAAAAUCCACUGGGAUAUGCUUUGGAGUUGGUGAAGAAGGCUAAAGCUACCAUGAAUGAAGAAUACUUAAGAUCAGUGGCAGAUCUUAUGGUACUAAGAGGGCGACCUCAAUAUUCAUCGACAGGAAGUUAUUUAAUAGUUUCUGAUAAUACGCGUGCAGGUUUUGGAGAUGUCAAUUUUGGAUGGGGACAGCCGGUAUUUGCUGGACCCGCCAAGGCCUUGGAUUUGAUUAGCUUCUACGUUCAACACAAAAACAACACUGAGGAUGGAAUAUUGGUACCAAUGUGUUUGCCAUCCUCGGCCAUGGAGAGAUUUCAGCAGGAACUAGAGAGGAUUACUCAGGAACCUAAGGAGGAUAUAUGUAACAACCUUAGAUCAACUAGGAUCAUGUCAAUGAUGUAAGUGUUAAACGUAAUGCACUUUCUGCAAUGUAGAGUUGUGUCUCUUGGAACUUAUCCAAGAGUUAUAGCUGUUAUCCAAAGGUUUGAAUGUUAUUAAAAAAUAGCCAAUAAUAAGAUUGGCCUAGUGUUGUAAUAAAAAAUUGAAAGCAAAAGUAAACUAAUCACACAUGUGAUAGGAGCCUUGCUUACUGUAGAAUCAUAUGGAGCAACAAUUACAAGCA